ACCUCUGUGUAUUCAAUGUACCAUCGGGUGUAUGAAGUUACAGAAUAUAGUACUGUGAUCAUUCAGCGCAGUCUGCGAUCGGAUAUAUGAGUCCGCGCUCCAUCCAUCAACAGCUUUUGCACAGCGAGAGUUUAAUCAUCACAAACCCAUCAUGAAGUUGAUUAUCACCGCUUUGAUGUCUCUUGUCACCUCGGUUGCCGCCCAAACAUAUCCAGAGUGCACUGCCGAAGUCGCGCGAAGCGAUGAUUGCGCCGCUGUCAUCAACGCAAACGCGUGCUACAACAAGUUUCGAUGGAACGCGCAGACCUUGACAUGCAUAGAUGGAAAUGACAAUGCAGUGAAGCAAAAGAAGGUAGAAUUGAGUACGGUUGGUGACAAAGAAUGCGAAGCUAACGAGAGCGGUGUUUGAUAGGUGUGUGCUUG